UGCACAGCCUCGAGAACCCCGCAUCUGGUGAUAUAUAUCUAAGAUAUUCUAGCCUGCAGAGCCGGUUCAGUUAUCCUUCGACAGCAGCAAAUUUCGUACUACAACUACAUAUCAACUUUCACAUCUCAUCAUGGUGAAGGUUUCAAAGGGGAUGUGGGAGGUGGCUCCCGACACCGCUGUUGACUGGGCGGUGGAGACGUUCAAAGCGGAGGCUCUGGAGGAUUCGCUCCGCGUCGUCUGUCCAACCAAAGCGAUCAAUUUCCGUGGCGAUACUCUGAACUGCCCCACAUUGACGACCUCGGUGACGUCGCCGAUGGACUGUGUUGUGCAACUCGAGACAUAUCACUGGAAGGGCCAGACGUACGAGCGGGCAGGCCCACACUUCGAACUAUUCCCGAAUGGCUGUCCGAAACGAUCAGGCGGUCUGUCGGUCGAGAAAGGCGAUGAGAAGUUGACCAUGAAAUCCGAAUUCACCAGACCCGGUUUCAUGGGGAACGGCAGCCUUACUACAACGAUCGACACUCGGCCUAAAUCCUUCGGCAUCAAAUUCCUCGGUGACGGUCGUUUGUUGACGGAAUUGGGAUGGAGAUCGGUGGGGUAUGUGAAGCGGGGAGUAAACCUACACCCCAAUGUCGAGAUGGGGGACCCCGACAAAGGGGAGCGCUGGAUGACAUACCAGCUACAACUUGGCGUUGGUGAGAAGGUAUAUGGGCUGGGUGAGCGGUUCGGGCCAUUCGUCAAGAACGGACAGACUGUUGACCUCUGGAACGAAGACGGCGGCACCUCCUCCGAGAUGGCGUACAAGAAUAUCCCUUUCUAUAUGACCUCAAACAACUACGGCAUUUUCAUCCCGUCGCCGUCCCUAGUAUCCUACGAGAUCCAAUCCGAGCGGACAACGCGUGUCAACAUCACGGUUCCGGGAGAGUCCAUCUCCAUGAUGCUGAUCUACGGCUUCACGCCCAAGGAGAUCAUCCAUACAUACGGCAUCAUUACUGGAACGCCGGCCCUGGUGCCUGCGUGGACAAUGGGCCUUUGGCUGACGACCAGCUUCCUAACCAAUUACGACAAGGCAACGGUCGACCACUUCUUGGACGGGAUGAAAGAGAGAGAAAUCCCCUUGUCGGUGUUCCAUUUCGAUUGUUUCUGGAUGAAGGGAUUUCAAUGGUGUGACUUCGAAUUCGACGCAGACAUGUUUCCCGAUGUGAAGGCGCAAAUUGCAGCAAUGAAGAAUGAAAGAGGAUUGAAGAUAUGUGUGUGGAUCAAUCCCUAUAUUGGACAAGAAAGCAAGCUAUUCGCCGUCUGCCUCGAAAAAGGAUACUUCAUAAAGAAAGCCAAUGGCAGCGUGUGGCAAUGGGACCAAUGGCAAGCCGGGAUGGGACUUGUCGACUUCACGAAUCCGGAGGCCUGCUCAUGGUACUCGGCCGAGCUCGAAAAGCUCAUCGACCUGGGCGUUGACAGUUUCAAGACGGACUUUGGCGAGCGAAUACCGACCGGCAACGCGCACUAUUUCGACGGUUCCGACCCCGAAAAGAUGCACAACUACUAUCCAUUCCUUUACAAUAAAGUCACAUUCGAGACCCUCGAGCGCCGGCUGGGUAAGGGCGAGGCUGUGUUGUUUGCUCGCUCGGCCACGGCCGGCGUGCAGCGGUUUCCCGUCCACUGGGGAGGUGACCCAAUGUCUACCUUCGAAGCUAUGGCAGAGACGUUGCGAGGAGGGUUGAGUCUGGGACUUUGCGGUUUCGGUUUUUGGGCUCAUGAUAUCGGCGGCUUCGAGGGAAAGCCGGAUCCAGUUCUGUUCAAACGAUGGAUUCAGUUCGGCUGCUUGUCAAGCCAUACCCGCCUCCACGGCUCAAGUAGCUACAGAGUUCCGUGGCUCAUCGACCCCAGCGAGGAGGCGUCGGCCGUGCUCAAGAAGUUCAUCAACCUGAAGCACCGGCUGAUGCCGUACAUCUACCAGACGGCGAUCGAAGCGCACGCCACCGCCAUCCCGAUGAUGCGCGCCACAUUCCUCGAAUUCCCGCGGGAUCCCGCCACCUGGUUCCUCGAUAUGCAGUACAUGCUCGGCGAGAACCUGCUCGUGGCACCCAUCUUCAAUGCCGAGGGUACCGUCCGGUACUAUGCGCCGUUGGUGACGACGGAGCAGGAGGAAAGAAAGGAGGAUAAAGACGGCAACGACGAGGUCGCGGACGACAGGCCUCCCCGCUUCUGGGUCGGCCUCCUCGAUGGGAAAUGGAGGAAGGCUGGCAGAUACCAUUCGGAAACCCACGGCGUUUUCUCGUUACCGCUACUAAUCCGGCCCGGGGGUGCCGUCGUUCUCGGCAAGAGCGAGGAGACGCCCCACUAUGACUGGUCCGAGGACGUGGAAAUCUAUCUCAACUUCGACAAGAGCUUCAACACCAUUGUGGCGAUCCCGGAUUGGAAGGUCCCCGGCGAGACAAAGGCGACCGUUUCUUUCGAGCUCGAGGGAAAGAAUUUGAACAUCCGUAUCACUCGCGUCAACGGGGAGAUCGACGGACACAUCAAGCUGUUGAUUGCAGGUGCGACGAUAGCCAAGGCUACUACAAUGCUGCCCACAGGCACUGUCAACUUGGAGGGGGAAGCUGUGGAGGGUUCGUUCCCUGGUUGGAAGGGUGUCCGGGUGAAGGCUGGGCCUGACCUUACGAAUGCUUGUUUGCAAUUGAGCCAUUAGAUUAGAGAGACUUCUAUUUGUACCGAGUUCAGUCCUUCUAUGCCACCGAUUGGUCAUUCUUUCCUUACCUUUGUAGAUCAAUACAUAAACAGUCC